CUAAUGGCGGCGGGCGCGGCGGGGCGGGAGGCUGGCCCUCCUGCAGGUUCUAUCGACUGUGGGUUCGAGUCCGGACACCGCCCCGUUGGCCUCGGAUCGGUCACUGCCGUCUCUGGCCUCAGUGUCCUCGUCGUUAAAUGGGCUGGAUAACGCCCACCUGGAGGCCUGGCGCCAUGGGGCCUGCCGCGGUGCUGCGCGAACGUGUGCUUUGCCUUCCUCCAUUAACUCCCGGCGCCCGGGAAAGCUGCCAUCCUCUGGCAGGGCCGGGAGGUUCCCACGCCUGAAUUCACAUUUCGGCCCUGUCACUCACUGCAGGUGUGACCUUGGGAUGGAACCAGGUGAGGAGCUGGAGGACGAGGACUCUCCAGGUGGUCGUGAAGAUGGCUUCACUGCUGAGCACCUGGCUGCAGAGGCCAUGGCAGCUGACAUGGACCCCUGGCUGGUGUUUGAUGCCCGCACCACACCUGCCACAGAGCUGGAUGCCUGGUUGGCCAAGUACCCACCAUCCCAAGUUACCCGCUACGGGGACCCUGGCUCGCCCAACUCUGAGCCCGUGGGCUGGAUUGCAGCAUACGGGCAGGGCUAUGUCCCCAACUCGGGUGAUGUGCAGGGCCUGCAGGUAGCCUGGGAGGCUCUGCAGACCAGCGGGCGGCCCAUCACGCCAGGUACCCUGCGCCAGUUGGCCAUCACCCACCAGGUGCUCUCUGGCAAAUGGCUGAUACACCUGGCACCUGGCUUCAAGCUGGACCACGCCUGGGCUGGCAUUGCUCGAGCCGUGGUCGAGGGCCGGCUUCAGGUGGCCAAGGUGAGCCCACGGGCCAAGGAGGGUGGGCGGCAGGUCAUCUGUGUUUAUACAGACGACUUCACGGACCGCUUGGGUGUACUGGAAGCAGAUGCAGCCAUCCGUGCAGCAGGCGUUAAGUGUCUGCUCACCUACAAACCUGACGUCUACACCUACCUGGGCAUCUACCGGGCCAACCGCUGGCACCUCUGCCCCACUCUCUAUGAGAGCCGUUUCCAGCUUGGGGGCAGCACCCGUGGUUCCCGUGUGCUGGACCGUGCCAACAAUGUGGAACUGACCUAGUGGGGCCAAAUGGGGGAGACCACCCUCUGCCGCCCCUGCUAGGGAUGGAUCCUCCUGUCUGUCUUCCCCUCCUUGUCCCAAGGAGGCUGAGCGUCCCCUGCUCUGAGGACUGGGUCACUCGGGAACUGCCUGCAUCUACGAACCCUUUGAACUUCUGUCCUGUGUUCAGGGCUGACUCAAGUCCCCACUGGCUGGAGGCUCUGGCUCCCUGAGUGCCAGACCUUCAGCCUCUCUAUUCGCUGCUGCGCCCCUUGGUCAUCCAGGACUACAGGCUGGGCGCGGACACCAGCAGGAGAGCCUUCCUUGGCCACACCCUCAGUUUUGGCUGUACCUCCCCCUCCUCCUGCAUCCUCCCCUUCUCUUCCUCCCUCACAGGAGAGAAAACCUAGUGCUUCCAGUCCCUCUCCUUGGGGCCUUCACAGUCCAGCGGGCAGAGGCCCUGCAGGCCUGAGCAUGCCAUUUUGUUGGGGGUGGGUGGGUGAUUGUUCCACUCAGCUCCUGGCAGAGACAGGGGCUGCCAGGGCCAUGGAUACGGGGCCUGCCCCUCCCUGCCAUCUCAUAGCCCACACCACCUUCCUCCUUUCUUCAGCUACCUUGUCACAUGCCUGCUCCUGGCAUUUCAAUAAAACCCAGCUUGGGUCUGUGUCUUGAGUGUUUUUGAA